AUGGAUGACACAGUUAUCUUAAUUUUGCUAGUUAUUGUGAUGUUAGUAGGAUCAUAUUUAGCUGGAAGCAUUCCAUUAGUCGUAAAUUUAUCAGAGGCCAAACUUAAAAUUGUUUCAAUACUCGGUGCUGGACUCCUUGUUGGAACAGCUUUAAUCGUAAUCAUUCCAGAAGGUGUGCGGUCAUUAUAUGCAAAUGACAAAACGCCACCUCAAAAUCAUGGAAAGGAAGUAACUGAACAUGAUGAGCCAGAAGACUUUUCAAAGACAAUUGGAUUAUCGCUAGUCUUGGGAUUUGUAUUUAUGAUGCUUGUUGAUCAGAUAUCCUCACGACAUACACACAAUCCAGACAUGAAGGAUGCAAAGAAGAAUUCAACAGCUACAAUUGGUUUAGUUGUUCAUGCAGCAGCUGAUGGAAUUGCUUUAGGUGCUGCUGCAAAGACAAGUCAUCAAGAUGUAGAAAUGAUUGUAUUCUUAGCCAUUAUGUUGCACAAAGCACCAGCUGCAUUCGGACUUGUGAGCUUUCUUCUUCACGAAGGAAUCGACAGGCAACGAAUUCGAAAACAUUUAGGAAUAUUUUCAUUAUCAGCUCCACUUCUGACUUUAAUCACAUACUUUGGUAUUGGACAAGAGCAAAAAGAGACUCUCAAUAAUGUUAAUGCGACUGCUGUGGCUAUGCUGUUUUCGGCAGGAACUUUCUUAUACGUAGCAACUGUACACGUGUUACCAGAAUUAAUGCAGCAAACUCAUUUCCAUCACGCACCGUCCGGUCCACAUUAUAGUCAUUUAGAGCAAGGAACAAUCACUUCCAAACCACCUCCUGGAUUAUCUAAUUUAGAACUUAUUACAUUGAUUUCAGGAGCUUUGUUGCCACUUAUUCUUACUGUAGGACAUCAACACUAA